UGGCGCCACUUCAUUGACCAGUCCCAUGAGUUAAAAAGCAUUCUUAAUCCUUUGUGACCUGCGCCCCCUGGAUAUUCUCUCAGAAGUGGUUCCGACUAGUGGUGUGAGGAGUGGGAUGCGGAUACUACAAGUGCAGGGGGCACGUGGGUUUCAGUUCUCUGCAUCAGCACGCCGUGCCCUGAGCUUUCCGGCUUCCCAGAUUUUCCUCUACUGUGACCUCUUCCCAGAGGAAUUCUCCAUCAUCAUCACCCUGAGGGUCCUCAGCGUCCCACCAAAGAAAAACGAGUACAUCUUCACUGUGAUGAAGGAGGAGAGCAACACGGUGCUGGUUGGGCUCAGGUACUCGCUGAACAAACUCCACUUCCUCUUCUGGAGCCGAGAGCUCUCCAGCGGCUGGCAGACCCAGGUCACCUUCCAAGGCAUCUCCUUAACUGACAACCAGUGGCACACACUUGUCUUGGCCGUGUCUGGGCAAUUCUUCUCCCUGACUGUGGACUGCAGUAUCCCCAUUGACGUGGUGGUGGAUACACCCUUCCCCGCAUCCUUGGCCGUGAAGGGAUCCAGGUUUUAUGUUGGGAGCAGGAGGAGAAGGAAAGGGCUAUUCACGGGCUUGUUAAGACAGCUAGUCCUGUUGCCAGGAUCUGAUGCUACCUCAAGGAUGUGCACUAACAUGAACUUUAAGCUAGCAGUGCUCUCCAUCCCCCCAGUACUGCAGGAUCUCCCAGUGAAGCCAGCAAGCAAUGAGGUGCUGAAAUACCCUUACGAGACUGACAUGAAAGUGACUCUGGGAUCCCGACCUCCCUGCACGAAGAAUGAAAAGGCCCAGUUCUGGUUUAACGCUUCUCGGAAAGGCCUCUAUCUAUGUGAUGGGAGUGCAUGGGUCACCAUGCUAGAAGUCAAAGAGAGGCUGGACUAUGUAGAAGAAUAUCAGAACUUGAUGACCAACUCUGAAACCAUGGGCAUCGAGAUCUUCGGCAUUCCAAAGGUGGGGGUUUUUGCAGCCACAGCCAAUCGGUAUACUCCGCCUGGGUCAGCUAUCUACAAAUGGACUGAUGGGAAAUUCCAGUCUUACCAAAACAUCCCCACCUACCAAGCUCAGUCCUGGUGCUAUUUCACCAUAGGAAAAAAGAUCUUCCUAGCAGUGGCUAAUUUUGAGCAGAAUGAAAGGGGUCAGCAGUUCUCUGUAAUUUACAAGUGGAGCUACAGAACAGAGAAAUUCUUCCCGUACCAGCGGAUCGCCACGCACAGCGCUAGGGACUGGGAGGCCUUUGACAUUGAGGGAGAGGCCUUCCUCGCGGUUGCCAACCACAGAGAAGGGGAUAAUCACAACAUCAAUAGUGUCAUAUAUCGGUGGAACCCCAGGACUGGACUUUUCGAGGCCAACCAGACCAUUCCUACCUCUGGAGCCUAUGACUGGGAAUUUUUUACUGUUGGACCCUACUCUUUCCUGGUUGUGGCCAACACGUUUAAUGGCACAUCUACGAAGAUCGACUCCCACAUCUACAUCUGGCUCGGUGGCUCGUUUCAGCUCUUCCAGUCAAUCCUGACUUUUGGUGCUGCCGACUGGGAGGUCUUUCACAUUGGAGACAGAAUCUUCCUUGCUGUGGCUAACAGUCACAGUUACGACAGUGGAACCGUAAUGCCGAACAACUACUAUGCCAUCAACUCCUCCAUCUAUGAGCUGAACAUCACGGCACAGAUGUUUGUCAAGUUUCAGGAUCUUCUCACCUACAGUGCUCUGGACUGGGAGUUCUUUUCAGUGGGAGAAGAUUAUUUUCUGGUGGUAGCAAACUCCUUUGACGGAUUCACCUUCUCUGUGAACAGUAUUAUAUACAGGUGGCAAGGGUAUGAAGGCUUCGUAGCGGUUCAUCAUCUUCCGACGUUUGGCUGUCGAGACUGGGAAGCGUUUCACACAACGGCGGGCUCCUACCUCAUGUACUCGAGUGCCAGGGAACCACUCUCCAAGGUGCUGAAGCUGAAAACUGUCUGAUCAGCUAUUCAGUGAUGUCUGUUUGCUGUCAGGAGCGGGGCAAACCCAGGCAAAGAAGCAACUUGUCUGGCUCUGCCCGGGCUAGUUAUCCCCCUGCAGGAAAUACACCGACUCAGGAAUGCUGGGAAAGUCUGAAGCCGAGCCUCAGCACCAAAUCCCUGGGGUUGGUUGAGCUGUGCUCUGUGCAGGACCAGGACAGACAGGGGAAAGUGGUUCUACGGCACCUUUCCCAUUCCUCAAUCCAGGAUCUGGCCGGGGCACUACGGCUUGAGCCAGAUGGCAGCUGUCAAGCUGGUGCCGUUCUGAGCUCGGAUAACAUGCAGCAGCGGAGAUGGUCCGAGGGCACAAUCUAGACCUACGUUCAAACCCAUCCUAGGCAGCCAUCUCCUAGCUCACUCUGCAGUGGGUGAGAACACUGGCUCUGAGGAGUGUCCAGCCUCCAUUGGAUUGGUCUGAUGCACAAGCCUUGCAUGGAUAUGUCCUCCAGUAAUGCUGCCCAUGUCCUCCAAGGUGUAUUGAUUCUUGUUUCCAUGCCCACCUGCCUGUAAUCCUGAGGCAGCGAGCAGUAUCCGUCUAACCUCCUCCCAUUAUUGUCGCUGUUUCCAGUCAUUUCCUGUAAGUGACGUGUUCAUAUUGCAGAAAUCAAUAGGUAUAUUUUACAACCACGCUGGGUAGAUUGAAAUGUAAUGAUUUAUCACCUACAAUGAUGGAGGCAGUGGUGGCAGUUCCACAGUUACGUCUGCACUGAGAUUUGCACUUAGAGGGAUUUUAGUCAUUAGAGUAGCAGGGCAGAUCUUCAGCUGGUGGAAAUCACCCUUGCACCAUUGGCCCCUCGCCCCCCAAUCUGGUGAAGUCAUUUUCCCAUGGAAUCAUCUGUUUAAU